UCAUGUAAGCUUGACAUGUUUGUGGAAUUUCCAUUGCCAUCAACUAACAAUCCAUGCUUUGAUUUAGGAGAUGCAAAAUCAGGCCUCCAUAUUAUUGACACUUCCUCCUUGCCAUUUGUUGUCUUUGCUCUUUUGAACAGUAACUCCUGUUAUGAGCCAUGGGUAGCCUUUCAGGACAAGCAUCUGUUAGCAUGGGUAUCUUGGUUGGUAGAAGGAUUGGAAGACAUGGCUAGCAGCUCACAACCCAACAAUGAGAAUGCAAAAUGGACGAAGUCCGAGGUUGAUGUAUAUGUUAAGUUAAUGCUAGAUGAGGCAAGAAAGGGAAAUCGCACACGCAGUACAUUCAAUAAGGCUGGUUGGAAUAACAUUAGAACUCAGUUUGAGGCAAAAACUGGUCAUAGAUAUAACAUGAUGCAAUUCCGGAAUAAGAUGAACAAAUUGAAGCAAGAUUACAUCAAUUUUGAAAAAUUGUUGGAGACAUCUGGUUUCACUUGGAAUCCUUUGGCCAGGACUGUCACUGCUGAUGAUGUUGUCUGGGAUAAGCACAUCAAGGCUAACCCGAACUGGGCAAAAUUCAGAAGGUUUGGCCUUCCUCAAUGGCCAGAACUCCAAAUGAUAUUUGGCGAUACAAAUGCAUGCAUGGAUAAUGCACUUGUACAUGCUGAGGAUGUUCCGAACACAGAUGAGGAUGAUGAUCAGGAUGUUGAUCAGAGUGGUUUUACAACACCUCUUGAUGGUGGGUUGGAUGAUGUUGAUGGAGGAGAGCCAGAAGAGAACCCUCAAUCUGAAACCCAUAGGCAUGAUAAGACCUCAAGUGGCAAGAAGAGGAGCAGGAACACGGACUUCUCAAUGGCUUGUAAGACUAUUGUUGACAUGUAUCGAGCCAGGAUUGAGAAGAUUAAUAAUACCUUCUCUACAUCUUCUCCUGAACCCGUGAAUGGUCACCCCUACUCCAUUGGUAAGUGUAUGGACGUGCUGAGCAGCCUCACUGAUAUUGGUGAUGAUAUGUAUGUGAAGGUAGCAAAGCGGAUUAUGGAUGACCCGAACUGGAGAGAGGCCUUCAUGCAUUGUCCUCCAGAAAGAAAGAAUGUGCUUCUAAGAAUGCUUGAAUAAUGAUGUGUAGUGUGUAGGUUUCUUUUAUAAAAUUGAAUCCAUAUUCCCCCUUUUCAAAACACAUUUUGUGGAUUACUGUAUUGUCGACGUUUCUUUGUAAAACCAUGUGGAUGAUUAUA